UCGACCACAGUUCUUUACGAUUAACAGUAAACGAGAGUUAUUAGUAAUUUUCAAUCUUUUUAUUACAAAUCAUUCAAAAAAGGCAUAAAAAAUGCUGUCGAUUAAAAUUUUCAAAUUUGUUUUAUUCGCUGUGUGCAUCGAGGCCGCUUUGGCAUGUAAUGGCUUCAAGGCCAAUCUUAUUAAGGCCGAAAAUUGUGCCGGAGCAGAUGCCAUCAUAACAAUGGAUUCGGAUUUUUCCGUCAAGCUUAACAAAAAAUGUGAAAUUAUACCCAGUGGCUGUAUUAUCAACAAAGCUUUCAAGACGGCCGUCUCCAAGUUCAAGGUAACCAAAGAUGGUAUGGUAAUCAAGGAGGGUAAAAUGGAUUUAUGCAGUAUGGCCGAUAAUGCACCAUCUGAGGUUAAGGAUUACUUGAAAGUGUUCGGUGCACCAGCAUCGUGUCCCGUCGAAGAGACCAAAGUCUGUGCCCAUGAUCACAAAAUUGAUUUGUCCAAGUACAAGGCUCUUUUGUCCGUUGCCCGUGGUCACAUUGUUGUUGAUUCGGAUAUUACUCAUGACACUGGUAAAUCCUGCUUCCACGUUGAAAUGGAAAUUACAAAUUAAUAACUAAUGUUGGUAUUUAAAUAUUUUUGAGGAGUUAAUGUUGUAUUCGAUAUUUAUUUUAUUAUGUUUUAUAAUUUUUUCCCUCCCUAUUGGUAUUAUUAAAUGUAAAUAAAAUGGA